AUGGAAAUUAAAUUUGGUUACACUUUAGAUAAUAGCGAUGAAGGAGAGGGUGUGUUACAUCAGACACUAUUGAAGAUAUGGAAGCUCACGAACCAUUCGGAGGUCAGCAUGUUGAAUAGCGGGCAGAGCGUGACAAGCAGGGGCAAGUUGAACGAAGAAGUAGACGAAGUAAGGCGACUCAACUAUCGUAGUUGGAGACUACUUCAAAUAGGACACAGUGAUAGGCGACAAACGCUUCAGGGGAAGUUCAGUCCCAUCCUUAAUUUCAAAGAAGUGGAGAGUGAAGGCAUGAUACUACGAGACUCUGCGCCGCUGGCCAAGCAGUUCUUGAAGAAUAGAGACAACUCGUUGUUCCUGGACUUGAGCACUAGGUCUACGUUGUUCUCCCAUCAGAGCGGUACCAGAACGGACCAAGAGUUGGACCUUGACGGGGGUGACAAUGUCAAGGGGUCGAACAGAAUCGAGAUCGAAAGCGACAGCGAGAGCGAUAUCAGUGAUAUCAGCGAAGUAGAUGAGGACGAAGAGCUAGACGAUGAGGAUGACUACUUUGACAGUGAAAGCGAGGCGGAGCUGGUUGGAGAGGAUACAUCGCCUGCUGCUGGUGCACACAAGGAUAAGCAUAAUGGCGGUGGUAAGGUGGAGGCUGGAACUCCUAGAUCACCGCAGGAGAGAGAGGUGCCGCUUCCUCGAUCGAAGACAUCGUUUGUCAGGGGGUUCUCUCCUAGCAAUGUUUCCAUUGCGUUCAACCAAAGUCAACCGGUUCAGGCACCAGCAUCGGCAGCGGGCCCCUCGGGCACUCAGCUGUCAACUAACCUAUUCAAGAGAAAUGCAGCGGACUCGCAGAAUAUCUUUUUCAUUGCAAACUCGCCGUCUCCGACUGAGAACAGUACGAGCAGAGGUACUAGUAACGACAAGAACGACAAUAAUAAUAAUAAUAAUAAUAAUGCAAAAACUAGUAGCACGGUUGCUACUAGGUCUGUGUCUGUGUCUGGAUCUGGAUCUGGAUCCGGUGUUGGUUCCAUGCCCGGCGUGAACGAGCGCCAGAGAUCGGACUCGUUGUUCCAGUCUCCUCCGAAAGAGAAGCAGCUCACGAAGUCUAUUUCCCACCGGUCUUGCUCGCUGACGGAUAUCUCGGAAAAUGAAAACGAUAACGAUAGCGCAUGGCAGUCGGUUUCAUCUGAAGACGAGGAAGAAGACGUAAUCCUUAACAGGAAGGAAGAACUUGUGUUCAGCAAAAGGUCCAUUGAAUUGCCAAUCCGGGCCAACACUGACCCAACCAUGGUCACGCACUCGGAGAGCAUUUCAAUCACCCACAAUAACAACAAUAAUCACAAUAGUGGUAAAAGUCAUAGUGAUAUGGGUGGUAGUCAUAACGGGGGGAGUGGAAGUGGUGGUAGUUAUCAGCCUAGGUCGCUCUUGUCUGGCCUUUUCUUAAAUAGAAUGGCUGAGAAACCCUCUCUCAAGAGGUCUUCUACUACAGAUGUCAUGAGAGCAGCCUCUUCAUCUAACGGAAACCUGUUGAUUGUAGGCAGCGACAAGAACAAGCAAUCCAUUCUUUUCGAUAAUCAUGUUAAUAGUGUUGGAGCAGGAAGCGAUGGUGGCAAUGGGGGAAAGAAACCGAACAGUCUACUCGAUUUCAAAAGGCAUUCAUACCAGAACACAGCAAUGAACGCGGAAUCUUUACCCUUGGCUAAGAAGGAUUCUAUAGUCGGAAUAAGUGACUUCAAUGUGGUAACACAAACACCUACCAUCAAAUCCCUUUCUGUCCGUUCGAAUUCAACUGUGGACAUCAUUGCGGAAGAAACAGGUAGUCCUGAACUGUUGUUGACGCCGAACUAUUCUAAUGGUGUUGGCAGUGAUGUAGAGACACUCUCCUCGAGUUUGAAUAAAUAUUCAGUAAGGAGAAGUACCUCUUCAUUGAGCAUCAAUGGUUUGUUACUGAAAAGUUCUAUGAACUUGUCAGGGUUUUUUAGAAAUGGAAAUGGAAACAGUGGUGCAAAGUUGAAUGGUGAAAACGAGGGAAUGCUACCAUCAAGAAGAAGCUUUGUCAUGAAUGGUAUCUUCAAGAAGAAAGAAGAAUCUCCAAAAGGCGCUGCUAAAACUACAAAAUCUGAGCAGUAUCAACCUGCGAAAGGAGGGGAAGAUAAAAUAGAAAAGGUGGAAUCUCAGCCUUUGAAGCUGCCGCUGACCAGUGUAAAUACAGAUAAUACAGCAGCAGCUACUCCAAAGUAUACUCCCAAGCAGAAUAAAAUAAGAUCGAAUUUAUCGACGGAAUUAAGCGAAUCCUUAAAGGAUUCGAUUAUCAUCGAUUACAAACUUGGAAAAAUUCCCUUACCUGAAAAGGUGAUCGAGAGUGGGAAGCUAGAGAAGUUCAUCCUCGAAGAUGAAGGAGACGACUAUCAUUCGAAGGGAUGGUAG